AUGUCCAACGAAGAAAGAACACUAAGAGAAUUGGUUGCACUAAAUCUGAAUCAACAACCGCUCUGCAUUGACUACCCAGCUUUGGAGGUAGCUUUUGAAUUAAAAUCUGGUUUGAUUCAUUUGUUGCCUACUUUUCAUGGUCUUGAGAAUGAAGAUCCCCAUAAGCAUUUGAAGGAAUUCCACGUGGUAUGUUCAAGUAUAAGACCACAUGGAGUGAUUGAAGAGCAGAUCAAAUUACGUGUUUUUCCAUUCUCCCUAACCGAUAGAGCUAAAGAUUGGCUCUUCUAUUUACCCCUUGGUUCUGUAACUACUUGGGAUGAGAUGGUGAGGAUGUUCCUUGAUAAAUUUUCCCUGCUUCAAGAGUCACUGACAUUCGAAGGGAGAUAUGUGGAAUAA